AUGUGUAAUACAUUACAAUACAUCUAUCUCAAUCAAUAUUCCGAUUUAUCGCAGUCUGUUCACAUAUUUUGUUCAUUUCAUAAUAUCUAUCUAAGUUUGUUCAAUUCAUUCAUUCAUUCAUAUCUAUCUAUCUCAGUUCUUCAUAUCUAUCUAUCUAUCUAUCUAUCUAUCAUCUCAUUCAUUCAUAUCUAUCUAUCUCAGUUCUUCAUAUCUAUCUAUCUAUCUUCAUCUAUCUCAGUUCUUCUAUCCAUCUAUCUAUCUAUCUAUCUAUCUCAGUUCUUCACAUCUAUCCAUCCAUCUAUCUAUCUCAUCUAUCUAUCUAUCUAUCUAUCUAUCUCAGUUCUUCAUAUCUAUCUAUCUAUCUAUCUAUCUCAGUUCUUCAUAUCUAUCUAUCUAUCUAUCUAUCUCAGUUCUUCAUAUCUAUCUAUCUAUCUAUCUAUCUAUCUAUCUAUCUCAGUUCUUCAUAUCCAUCUAUCUAUCUAUCCAUCUAUCUCAGUUCUUCAUCUAUCUAUCUAUCUAUCUAUCUAUCUAUCUCAGUAUCUAUCCAUCCAUCUAUCUAUCUAUCUAUCUCAGUUCUUCAUAUCUAUCUAUCUAUCUAUCCAUCUAUCUCAGUCUCAGUUCCAUCCAUAUCUAUCUAUCUAUCUAUCUAUCUCAGUUCUUCUAUCCAUCCAUAUCCAUUCAUCUAUCUAUCUAUCUCAGUUCUUCAUAUCUAUCUAUCUAUCUAGUUCAUCUAUCUAUCUAUCUAUCUAUCUAUCUAUCUAUCUAUCUAUAUAUCACGUUAAUUCUCAAAUACAGACAUUAUUUUAUUUAUUUAUGGUUCUUGUGAAGAAAACGAAACUUAUUUGCCAAUCCUUACGAAAGAAAAAAAAAAGCUAA